GUUUAAAGGUUUUUUUAUGGGGGGUUGAGAGAUAAAUAUUUAGAGACGAUAUUCUCACGUUGUUUUAAAUUUUCUUUUUCCUUUAUUGUUAAUUUUACUUUAUUCGGUAACAAACACACGGGCUUCAAAAUGCCAAAUAAAAAAAGUGUAUGUAUUAUUGGGUCCGGAAAUUGGGGCUCCGCAAUUGCAAAAAUUGUUGGAGUGAAUUGCAAGCGUCUCGAUUAUUUUGAAGAUCGUGUUACAAUGUAUGUAUAUGAAGAAAUGAUUGAUGGAAAAAAAUUAACUGAAAUUAUCAAUACUACACACGAAAAUGUAAAAUAUCUUCCAGGACACAAACUCCCUGAAAAUGUCGUUGCUGUACCAGAUGUCGUUGAAGCAGCAAAAGUUGCCGAUAUUUUAAUAUUUGUUGUGCCACAUCAAUUUAUUCGACCAUUGUGUUCAUCUUUAUUAGGUAAAAUUAAACCAACCGCAAUUGGAUUAUCUCUUAUCAAGGGAUUCGACAAAGCCGAAGGCGGUGGAAUUGACUUAAUUUCAAGCAUUAUUACAAGACAAUUGAAAAUUGCAUGUGCUGUAUUAAUGGGUGCAAAUUUAGCUAAUGAAGUUGCUGAAGAAAAAUUCUGUGAAACAACUAUUGGUUGCCGUGAUAAAAAACUCUCACCUCUUUUACGAGAUCUUAUUCAAACAGACAAUUUCCGGGUAACUGUUGUUGAUGACACCGAUGCUGUUGAAGUUUGUGGUGCUUUAAAGAAUAUUGUAGCAUGCGGUGCUGGUUUUGUCGAUGGAUUGGGAUUGGGUGAUAAUACAAAAGCAGCUGUAAUUCGUAUAGGAUUAAUGGAAAUGAUUAAAUUCGUUGAUGUGUUUUACCCUGGUUGUAAAUUGGCUACGUUUUUUGAAAGUUGUGGUGUAGCUGAUUUAAUUACAACUUGUUAUGGUGGACGUAAUCGUCGUGUUUCAGAAGCUUUUGCCAAAACUGGCAAAUCAAUUCGUGAACUUGAGGAAGAAAUGCUUAACGGACAAAAAUUACAGGGACCAUUCACUGCCGAAGAAGUCAAUUAUAUGUUGAAAAAUAAAAAUAUGGAAGCCUCUUUUCCAUUGUUUACUGCUAUACAUAAAAUUUGUACAGGACAGAUUCCAGUAAAUGUUUUUAUUGAUCAAAUUCGCUGUAACCCAGAUACUGUACAUCAGAGUGAUAUAUUGUUGCAUACUUCUUCCAAAUUGUAAUAUUUAUUUGCAACUCAUCUGCUGUGCAUUGGACUUUGUGUGCGUGUGUGUCUCGUAUUGUUUUAUUUGUAAUUGGAAAUAAAAAUGGUGUGGAAAAGUACAAUAAAAAUCAUGAUGCCAAAUUACUGAAAUUCAU